AUGUUUACCUUCCCUCAAAGCCUUCGACCUGCCUUUGGGCAGAGUCAAACCUCGCAACAAACUGUCAGCUCUGUAACUCAACAGCAAUCAGGUCAAGACUCUCAAGUUUUCGGUUCUCAACCAACUAAGCCUUUUGGCUCAUCCCAAUUCGGCGUUCAGGGAGUGAAACCUCAAGGUAGCUCUUUCACUCAGACUCAGACUUCUCACCAGAUCGAUAGCACUGUAACUCAACAGCAGUCAGGUCAAGGCUCUCAGAUCUUAGGGUCUCAACCAACUAAGCCUUUAGGUUCAUCUCAAUUCGGUGUUCAGGGAGUGAAACCUCAAGGCAGUACUUUCGGCCAGAGUCAGACAUCUCAACAGAUUGACAGUAUUGAAAUUCAACAGCAGUCGGGUCUAGGCUCUCAGGUUUUCGGUUCCCAACCAUCUAAGCCGUUCGGUUCAACGCAAUUUGGUGUUCAGGGAGUGAAACCUCAAGGCAGCGCCUUUGGCCAAAGUCAGACAUCGCAACAAACUGUGGGUUCUAUAACUCUACAGCAGUCGGGUCAAGGCUCUCAAGUUUUCGAUUCUCAACCGUCUAAGCCUUUUGGUUCAUCGCAAUUCAGUGUCCAGGGGGCAAAGCCUCAAGAUAGCUCUUUAACCCAGACUCAGACUAUUCAGCAGGUGGACGGCACCGUGAUUCAACAGCAGACAGGUCAGGGCUCACAGAUAUUAGGCUCUAAACCAUCUAAGCCUUUUGGCUCAUCACAAUUCGGCAUCCAGGGAGUAAAACCUCAAGGCAGCGCCUUUGGCCAAAGUCAGACAUCGCAACAAACUGUGGGUUCUAUAGCUCAACAGCAGUCGGGUCAAAGCUCUCAAAUUUUCGGUUCUCAACCGUCUAAGCCCUUUGGUACAUCACAGUUCGGUGUCCAAGGAAACAAGCCUCAAUUUGGACAAGUGCCGCAAUCGUCUCAAGGAAGCUCUCUCACGCAGACGCAAACAACACAUCAAACUGUAGGUAGUGUGAUUGGACCUCAGCAACAGCCAGGUUCUCAGACACAGUUCGGAAGUCAAACUUACAAGCCGUUUGGUGCUUCUCAAGUUGCACAGGGCUCGAAACCUCAACUCGGGCUCACGCAGACUACACAGCAAAGUGCUUUCAGCCAAUCGCAAUUCAGCCAGCAGUCUUCAUAUAACAAAUUCAGCCAGUCGAAACCAUUCAUCACUUCAUCCCCAGCUCCAUUCGGUUCUAAGACUGAAAGUAGCUCUGGAUCGAGUGUAUCUCAGUUAGGGAGUCAGUUUGGACAGUCAUCCAGUCAAGGAUCUUCACAGUUUGGUGCUCAAGCAUUCAAGCCUUUCUCCACUUCGCACCAUCAAGAAUCUAAACCCCAAUUCGGUGCUCCAUCGAAGCCUGCGUUCGGACAAAGCUCGACCACUUAUGCGCCUUUCACCAACAAUCAGAACUCCCAGAGUCAGUUCGGAUAUCAGUACAAACACCCAGUAAAUGCUUUCGGUAAAUAUCAGCCUAAACCACUGUUCGGCCAAACUGGAUUUACAGGUUUCAGUAGUUCUCAGGCGUCUAGCUCGGCGUCUUUCCCGCAAGAUUUCAAAGGGACGCUUUUUGGUAGCCAACCGUUCAGACCUUUUGGGUCACAAAUCCAGCCUAUCAAGAGUCAGUUCGGUCAACCAACGUCAUCUGCCAGCGCCUUUGCCUCAAGUUCCUCAACACCCUCCUUGCUAUCUGGAUCUAAAUUUAGUCUCCAGCCAUUCAAAACUUCGUCUUCAGUAUUCCCAACAGCUCAACCAGCUUUCGGGCAAUCGACUACACCUUUAAGCCAAGAGGAUUCUGGAACACAGGCUACAAGCCUAUCUUCUGUGCAAGGUGCCAAUUUCGGAGUCCAAAAGCCAUUCGGUAGUGGAAUCUCUCAGGCCUCCACUCCUCAGCCCUUGGGUUCUAAACCAGAUGUUGGCUUCGGGAAGCCGUGUUGCCAAGCAAACAAGUUCAGUCAAAGUACAACAGCUGUACCAUCUUUUGGCGUCUCCUCAACACCAAGUACCCCUCAACUCCGCAUGAUGCGCAGGGAAGUGCGCAUAAAACCGAAGACUUCAAAGGACCAAAGCAACCGCAAGGGUUUGAUGAGAAAACUGG